GAGAGUGACUGCAUUAGAUCUACCUAUACAUCUAUAAUCAUAUCAUAAAUAAUGGCUGAUAGAGUCAGCUUUUAUCAAACUAAGGAUGGGCUGGAGGGAGAAAUCACAUGUCCUUUGUGCCUGAACGUCUUUAAAGACCCAAAGAUUCUUGCUUGUGGACAUAUCUACUGUCGAGACCCCUGCCUGUCUGGUCUUGCCACUCAAGGAAACGACGAAGACGCAACAUGUCCAGAAUGUCGCAAAAUUUCUCAUAUCCGAAAUGGGGAUAUCGGCUCUUUUCCGACUGCAUUUCAUAUCAGGAGACUGAUAGAUUUACAUGAUUCUAUGCACGAGGUACGAUUAGCAGACCUUUCAGACCAGGAGACUCCCAAGCAUUGCCAAACUCACUCUGGCCAAGAGCUAGCAAUAUACUGCCACGAAUGUGAAGAAGUGCUAUGUAGAGAUUGUCUGAUAGCAACCACCACUCACAAUGGACAUCAGUACGACUACAUUGCCAAGGCGGCUAUAAGGCUUAAAAAAGUUCUAAAUGAGUCAGUAGAGCCAGCAAAAUCUCUUCAAAAGCCUCUCUUUCAGGCUCUUAUAAAAAUUGAAGGGACCAAGGCAGAUAUUUUAAGGCAACAAUUGCUGAUUGGAAAAGAUAUCGACACUGAAGUGGACAGACAAGUUCAAAAGCUGACUGAAAAACGAAGAAAUUUGCACUCUAAAUUGUCAUCCAUCACUACCCAAAAAACAACUAAUGUUGUUGCUAGAGAGCAAAUGCUUAGCAAGACGCACAUUGAAUUGUCGGAAUGCAUUUGUACAGUCGAAGAUGCUGUGGAGAAACUUAACGAUCUUGAUGUCGUGUUUCGAAUGAAAAAACUCGAGAAACAAAUCAAGCAGCUCACCGUGAAAGCUGAACAAAUGCCACUCAAUCCGGUCACUUCUGCUGACACAUACCUGUGUACAGCUACUCCUGAUUCUGUAGCCCUAAGCAGUAAGCAGUUCUAUCUCUGCAGUGGUAAGCAAGCUUUGGCUUCUAAAUGUACCUUCCAAAAAGAAGGAAUACGAAAUGCAUGGGUUGGUCAGGAGAUUAGAAUGCUCAUUAAGGUGUGUGAUUCUAAAGGAGUUGAUUGUGUCGACGAGCAAACAAUCUCAGUUGAACUUCUCUGUUUGCGUGAUGUCAGCAUGUCUCUAUUAAGCACUACUUGCACCAGGCCAGGACACUAUCUUGUGCAGUUCACUCCCAAGAAUCGUGGGCGUCACAUACUUGUAAUCAAGGUGAACGGCUUUCACAUUUUAGGCAGUCCAAGAGAUGUGUUUAUUCAAAUGCCACCACAGAAAUUAAAUGUGCCCAUUAGCCUUAUUCCUCGACUAAAGCAUCCAAGCGGGCUCACAUGCUUAGACGGAUACCUACUAGUUUGUGAGAAUGAGGGAGAUCAAAUCCUCAUGUACGACAAAAAUUUCCACCGAGUCAAAAUUCUUGCCAAGGACUUGAACAAACCAAACAAUGUAGCCAUCGAUCGGGAUUCCAACAUUUAUGUCACCACAACUGGGGACAAUUUGCUGCACAAGCUCGAUCGAGAUGGCCAGCAUUUGCUAUCUACCACUCCAAACAGAGACCAGCAACUCGAGUUCCCCCAUGGAAUAUGUGUUGUAAAGAGCAAUCUUGUUUGCGUGUGCGAUUCUCAGCAUCACAAGAUUAUGGUGUACGAUACAAACCUGAAUCUCAAGAGCAGCAAGAGUACCAUCGGUAAGAGAGGGUCCAAACCGGGCCAAUUUCAACUGCCCCUUGGUAUAACCCCGAACGACGCAAGUGGUGAAGUGUUCAUCGCUGACUCUGACAAUCAUCGAAUUCAAGUAUUUGACAAGAAAAUUUUCAAUGUCAAGCCGCCUUCCCCCCUCACACCCAUACGAGCUAUUAGUGAGAUGGGAAACACUCCUGGAAAACUACAGCAACCCAUAUCCAUCCAAACUUAUGCCGAAUAUCUCUAUGUAACAGACAGCGGGAACAAUCGAGUGUCAGUGUUUACACAGACAGGCCAGUUUGUAUCUACUUUUGGGGAGGGAUACCUCUCACAGCCUGAGGGGAUAACCAUUGACCAAGACGGAUUUGUGUACGUGUGCAGUCACUUGAAACAAGUAUUUGUUUUUUGAACAUACUUUCUUACAAUAGUGUUUGGAUCUAUAAUGAUGUGACAUAAUGUGUGAUACUAUAAGUAUUAAUUAUUACAUUUUUGUUCUUAUAAUUCUUGUUCUUAUAAUUAUUAGCUAUUGUGUGUUUGUGAAACAAUUGUCAGUUCAAGUGA